CACAUACACACAGCGCGUCUUUCUCUACUUUAUAUCCUUCCUUACAACUACCUGACAAAAUGGCACCGAGAAAGACUAUCCUGCUCUUGACGAUUGCGUUACUGGCGACCGCGAUGUUCACAACAGCAGUGCACAGUGCCCCGGCUGGGCCUCUCCAGAGGAUGGACCUUGCCAAGCGAGGCGAUGACUGCGACUACGACUGUAAUGACUACGACGGGGACGACGACUGCGAUGAUGACAGCUGCGAUGAUGACUGCAGCAGAGACCGCCGUCUUCGUGAUCGACUGAGGAUCAUUCGUGUGCCCCAACCCUUCCCUGUGGAGCAACCCUUCCCGGUACCAGUACCUGCUGCUAUUCCUGCCCCCGUGGCCGCACCAUUUGGCGCGUCUGGGCCUCUUCUUGGGCCUGGCAUCGGGCCGGGCGUUGGGCCUCUCCUUGGGCCUGGCAUCGGACCGGGCGUUGGGGCUUUCCCUGGACCUUUCUGA